AUGUGUAGUUCAAUAACGCUCGCUUACCCCGAUCUUGUUCCCCGUGUAGGUUUAGGACAACCUCGCACAGCCUGUUGUAGGAGUCUGCGGUGUGGUGCCGGACUCUUCUACGGAGACGUCGCGACGGGUUCUCGCCGUCAAGGAGGCCAGAUUCGCCGUUACAAGGAUACCCUGAAGUCCUCCCUGAAAUGCCUGCAAAUCAACCCGGCCAACUGGGAGGAGCUCGCACUAGAUCGACCGACCUGGAGGAGGACAGUGAAGACAGGCGCUGCGAUAUACGAAGCCAACCGCAUCGCUGCCGCCAAAGCGAAACGUGAAGCCCGCAAAUCACAACUUCGCCCAGUAAGCAACGCCGCCGCACAACCGCUUCCAACGUGUCCUCGAUGUCAACGGACAUUCCUGGCUCGAAUCGGACUUGUUGGACAUCUUCGGAUUAACUGCGCCUCUCGAACGGCACCAACCAUCGUCCCCCCGCCUGCCUCUUCCUCCUCCUCUCCGCCGCCAACUAACCCUGACAAUUCUUCUGACCCACCACUUCCAUCAUCCUUUUCCUCCUCCUCCUCCCCCUCCUCCUCCUCCUCCUCCUCCUCCUCGCCCACUGCUCCAACGGCGGCCGCUCAGGCGACUGUCCCGCGCACAACAACCGACACUACCACCACCUCCCCCGACUCCAGGGAUGAGGAUCAGGACUACACCUGUCCCCACUGCGACCGCACCUUCACCUCACACAGCGGCCAGGUCGGUCACUUGCGAAUCCAUCGCACAGAGACUGGCGAACCAGUGCGCGAAGCACCAACCUACACCCACCGCACUCGCCUCCAAUGCCCACACUGCCCUCGCUCCUUCAGGCAUCGCAUGGGCCUUUUCGGCCACAUGCGCAUCCACGAGAGCGGCCUUGACCGCACUCUCGACACACCCACCACAUCCAACACAUCCACCGUGCACACCCCCACCCUCGUUCCAUUCGUCCGCGCCACCACCACCACCGCCUCCUCUGUAGCUGACACUGACACCGCCGACUUCUCAUGCCCACCCUGUCCACGCACAUUCACCUCACGCAUCGGCCUGGUCGGUCACUUGCGAAUCCAUCGCACAGAGACUGGCGACCCAGUGCCUGGAGCACCCACCUAUACCCACCAUGCUCGUAUCAACUGCCCACACUGCCCUCGCACUUUCAGGCAUCGCAUGGGCCUAUUCGUCCACAUGUGCAUCCACGACGACAUGCGGUAG